UCUCUCUCUCUCUCUCUCUCUCUCUCUCUCUCUUAUGGAGCCCAAUAUUAACGCCGGUAGCAUGGACUCCCACUGCUUGGAAAUAAGGAUGGAACCACACAAAGUUGUCCCACCGCCUAGGAGCACCUUACAAAAGCUCAAGACCAGGCUCAAGGAAACCUUCUUCCCCGAUGACCCUUUGCGCCAAUUCAAAGGACAACCAUUGAAGACCAAAUUCAUUCUUGGAGCUCAGUAUAUCUUUCCUAUCCUUAACUGGGGUCCUAAUUACAGCCUCAAACUCUUUAAGUCCGACAUUGUUUCUGGUCUCACUAUUGCAAGCUUAGCCAUUCCUCAGGGUAUCAGUUAUGCUAACCUUGCCAAUCUACCUCCUAUUGUGGGUCUCUAUUCCAGCUUUGUUCCUCCACUUGUGUAUGCUGUUCUUGGAAGUUCUAGGGACCUGGCUGUAGGACCUGUUUCUAUUGCUUCCCUUGUACUGGGAUCCAUGCUUAUGCAAGAAGUCUCUCCCAACAACGAUCCCGUCUUGUUUCUUCAGCUGGCCUUUACUUCAACCUUCUUUGCUGGUCUCUUCCAAGCUUCUUUAGGAUUCUUAAGGCUUGGAUUUAUUAUUGACUUUCUCUCGAAAGCUACUCUGAUUGGGUUCAUGGCUGGAGCUGCUAUUAUAGUCUCUCUGCAACAGCUUAAAGGCCUCCUCGGAAUCACCCAUUUUACCAAACAAAUGGGUUUGGUUCCUGUUUUAAGCUCUGUUUUUCACAACAUAAAAGAGUGGUCAUGGCAAACCAUAGUGAUGGGAUUUUGCUUCCUCGUCUUACUCUUGGUGGCAAGACACGUUAGCAUGAGAAAACCAAAGCUGUUCUGGGUUUCAGCUGGAGCCCCUCUUGUGUCUGUGAUCCUCUCAACCCUUCUGGUCUUUGCAUUCAAGGCUAAUCAUCAUGGCAUUAGCGUGAUUGGAAAACUACAACAAGGAUUGAACCCACCUUCAUGGCACAUGAUGCAUUUUCAUGGUAUCCACCUAGGACUGGUAAUGAAGACAGGGCUGGUCACUGGCAUCCUAUCCCUCACAGAAGGCAUUGCUGUGGGAAGGACUUUUGCUGCUCUAAAGGACUACCGAGUAGAUGGAAACAAGGAAAUGAUAGCUAUUGGGUUGAUGAAUAUGGUUGGCUCCUCCACUUCUUGCUACGUUACUACAGGUGCUUUCUCGAGGUCAGCUGUCAAUCACAAUGCAGGAGCAAAAACAGCAGCUUCUAACAUAGUAAUGUCUGUGACAGUCAUGGUGACACUCCUCUUCCUCAUGCCUCUCUUUCAAUACACACCUAAUGUUGUAUUGGGUGCAAUCAUAGUCUCGGCAGUGGUUGGCCUCAUUGAUAUCCCGUCUGCAUAUCACAUUUGGAAGAUCGAUAAGUUCGAUUUUCUCGUCACUUUAUGUGCAUUCUUGGGUGUUAUUUUCAUCUCAGUCCAAGAAGGCCUCGCCAUUGCGGUUGGAAUAUCUGUUUUCAAGAUCCUCCUGCAGAUUACAAGGCCAAAAACAUUGAUGUUGGGGAAAAUACCUGGGACGGAUAUAUACCGAAAUCUUCAUCAUUACAAGGAAGCCACGACAGUCCCUGGUUUCCUCAUUCUAAGCGUUGAAUCUCCCAUCAAUUUUGCUAACAUCACGUACCUUAAUGAAAGGAUUUUGAGAUGGAUAGAAGAAUAUGAAGCGGAAGAAGAUAUUAAAAAACAAUCAACCCUCCAAUAUGUGAUUUUGGAUUUGUCAGCUGUGAGUUCCAUAGACACAAGUGGAAUCGUUCUAUUCAAGGAUUUGAGGAAAGCAAUGGAAAAGAAAGGUGUUGAGCUUAUCUUGGUGAAUCCUCUGGGGGAGGUUAUGGACAAACUGCAGAAUGCAGACGAAGCUCGGGAUCUCAUGAGACCGGAUAACCUUUACUUGACAAUUGGAGAAGCUGUAUCUUCACUUUCAUUAACAAUAUUGAAGGGUCAGUCUUCAACCAUGUGUGGUGAAGGGACAUAAACAAUUACUAGUAUAUAUUGCUCAUUAUCAAUUGCAUGCAUGCAUGCUGCAUGUAAAUGCAGAAGAUCAAUAAGAUCAUUAAUGAAUAUUAAUGAGUGUAAAGCAAAGUUUAAUUUUAAUUUCUACA